AUGAAGUAUGGUGAUCUUGUUUAUGUUAAACUACCCUUCAUGAGUAUGGCUGGAAGGAAUGACGUUGCGAUUUCUGCUGCUUUGGAAGUUGUUGCUCAGGCCAUGCAGAAUCAGCAUAAUGCUAGAGGGAAUGAUGAGUCUCAUAGCUUGAGUACGUUCCCAAGAGAGAAUCCUCCUACCUUCAAGGGUAAUUACGAUCCAGAUGGAGCACAUGAAUGGCUUAAGGAGAUCGAGAGGAUCUUCCGGGCGAUGGAUUGUUCUGCAGUGCAGAAGAGGUUAAAGACUAUUGGUGACGUGAUUACUUGGGCCGUAUCCACAAGGAAGUUCCUAAGAAAGUAUUUUCCCGAAGAUGUCCGGGGAAAGAAAGAGAUGGAGUUCCUUGCGCUGAAACAGGGGAAUUUGACUGUUACUGAGUAUGCUGCUAAGUUCGUGGAACUUGUGAAGUUCUACCCGGACUAUAGUGAGGAGACUGCAGAAUAUUCGAAGUGUAUUAAGUUUGAUAAUGGGCUGUGUCCGGAGAUUAAGCGGGCGAUUAGAUAG